AUGACACUUCGUCAUGUUCACGUCUCGUUUCAAUCGCGCCUGCUUUCUGUUAUACAUACAUCUCCAAUUUUUAUCAAUACUACAUCAUCUAAGGUAAAUUGUCAGCGUUUGCAUCAUGCGUUCAAGCCGCCAUUUCUACCAUGUACAAGUCAACUUGGCUCCACACGAACGAAGGUGAGCGAGCGUGCAUUGCGUCGCAAAAAUCUUCGCAAGAUGAAAAAUGAAAAACACGGUAAGAUACCAAUGCUUAAGGAAACAUUGCGCAAGCUUUAUCUACGCACACAUCCCGACCUGUUUGGGCGGUAUCCAAAUCAACAGCGUGCGAACGAAGAAUCAUACAAGGAAUUACUGGGAAUUCUGGAUGCGAUCGAAAAACACAACGAAUUUCCUCCAGCCAAGACGUUGAGCCUUCCAUUUUUCUUAAAGACGCCAGUGGAGGGUGAGUUUCAAGAGGUAAAGUUACGGCUUCGCACAACGGGUGGUGCAUGUAAUACUCUGGUGGAGGAGGCGCUAGGUCGAUUUUUUGGUGAAUGCAGUCUACCAGAGGUUUUUCAAUGGGGAGAAGGUAGUUGGGGCAAAGGUGUGGGAAAAGAUGCAGUGGAGAAUUCGAACCUUGGCUUCGAUGAGGACGAAGAGGCUCGCGAGAAGGCACGAAAGGAGGCAGAUACACUGGCAAUGCAUGAGGAACAACUGGAGCGUUCAGCUCCAGCUUUCAAUCCUGAUGAUAGUGGAACAACGAUGGCGGAUGUGCCGAUUGAAAACCUGCUAACAGAGCUAAAUGAAGUGUUUGAAAUUAUUGCUGCUGUGCCUUUAAUGGAUGAAGAGGAAUAUGGCGAGCUACGAGAACACUUCGAAAAGGGCCGAGGACUAGACGAGAUUAACGAGCGUGGGUACAGUAUAACGGCGGGUACGCAUAAAAUCUGGAAGGGUGAGCGGAAUCUCGCGAUUAUAGCAGACGGUGUAGAUACUGAUUCGGCUCUCAUCCUCCAGCGUAUCUUGCUGCACACACUUAACAUUGAAAGAAAGAGAAGAGAACCAGUGAGAAAACAAUUUGAAGAACACAGACUUCGAUACGUAAAGUUUUGGACAAAAGAUCUGAUGUCGAAUGUCGGGAACAUACAAUUUCGUACUCUUUGA